UAAGUGUUAAUCAAUUAAACAUUAAUUUUAUAUAUCUAAUCGCAUUUAAGACUGUAUUCUCUUAACGUGUUUAUGUAAUAAUGUACAUUAAAAAACAGAAAAUUAACUGUCAAAGUGUGCGUGAAAUGAGUCAUUAUUAUUCAAUUGGAAAUUAAGAAAGAACAGUUUAUAAGCGGCAACGACUUUGUGUGAUUUAUUGCUCCUGAAUAUCCAGUACGAUCUUCAACGACGACCACUUUUUCAGGAUGAAUUUUGGCCACACAAUUGAGGAUUCGCGGAAGAAAUAUCCGGAGAUUACGGACGAGCUUUUAAAGAGUCUACAAAAAUGGGCGCAUGAUCAAAAUCUUCCAAAAAUUCCCGAGGAACAAUUGGCAUUAUUCGCGCACAGUUGUUAUUUUGAUUUGGCGAUUACAAAACGAUGCAUGGACGUUUAUUACAGAAUGCGCUCCACGAUCCCGGAAUUUUUCAACGACAGAGAUCCCAGACGCGAGUAUCUACAGCAUUCUUUAAAAGCUUUGGAGUUUAUAGCGCUUCCCAAGCCAGAUCGAAACGGUUCCCGGAUAAUUUUUCAUCGUCUGGCAGAUUCACGGCCUUCCCAAUACAUGUUCAAUGAUGGCAUCAAGCUAUUGCUGAUGUCCAUGGAUGCGAGCCUCUACACGGAAGGUUGUUCGCCGGGAUAUGUUAUUCUCUUCGACAUGUGUAAUGUGAAAAUUGGUCACUUGACCAGAUUGUCGAUAAAUAGUAUUCGCUGGUUCUUCGAGUAUCUUCAGGAUGGCAUGCCGGUCAGGCUCAAGGCCAUUCAUGUAUUGAACGCGGUCUGGUUUAUGGACAAAAUCCUCGCUCUUAUCAGACCGUUUAUGAAGCAAGAACUUUACGAAAUGCUUCAUAUUCACAGCGGUGACGUCUCUGACAUAUAUUCUUAUAUACCGCCAGAAUCUUUGCCGAAAGACUAUAAUGGAGAAUUGGACUAUAUCGCAAACCUUCAUGAAGCGCAUUGCGUGAAGUUGGAUCAAUUGCGAGAUUAUUUUCAAGAAGAGGAGGCCUUAUUUCGUAAUUAUUCGCCUAACAAAGCGAAAAUAGCAAACGAUCAAAACAUUAUGCAAAACGCUCCCAAGGAUUUAAAAGAUCGUCAAAACGGUGACGAUAGUUGAUGCAAGAUCUUAACACGUGUAGUGAAUAACAUAAAUUAAGCAUAUAUAAAUAUAGAUAAAGGUCAGGACAUCAUCAUUGCUUUCUAAUUCUUACGUAUGAUUUUUCGCAGAUAAUUGCGUCCUUGAGUCCAAGCUACCGUCCCCAUCCUCUGGUAUACUCCUUUCUAUGGACGACCUUAUCUGAAAUUAUACACAACAUACAGUUGGAAAGAAAAUCUUUUUCAAGAUUUAUUAAUAAGAAUUGUACAAUCUUAGAACUAGAAUAGAAUCUGCAAAAAAAUUA